AAUAUACUCUGUGGUUGACGUUGACAGCUUGCCCUAGAUUUUAGAAAAAUCGAAUUUUUCUUCUUCAAGUAAACAAGCCAUAUUUAAUUCCUAAAUCCUAAUAUUUCACAGUUAAAUCCUAAGUUCUAAUAGUUUUAACAAAUUUUAGCUCAAAAAUAUCUGUGAAACAGGUAUCCCAACAGCUUAAUUCCUUAAUUUCAGGUUAAUAUGGUGGAAUAGUGAAGUUUUUUUUACAAAUUAACUUGUUUCGAAGUUGUCAAACAAGUUUUGGUGAGAGACGGGAUUUGCCUAUAAUUAUUAUGAGUAGUAAAACAAUGGAAGCAGUGGAAUCGUCGGUUGCCUUAGCGUCUCAGCCUGUAGAAGAAAUCGUCAUAAAGUGUGAAGUAAUAGAGAUAUCUGAUGAGGAACCUGACUCCGAGGAGCCUAAAAAAAAACGCCGUAAGCGCACCACACAAAAGUCACCUCAGUCGUGUGAAGAGUGUGGAAAAACUUUCCAAACAGGCUACGAGUUGAAGAAACAUAAACGCACGCACUCAGGCGUGCGUCCCUACAUGUGUACGGACUGUGGCAAGACAUAUACACAGCUUGGACACCUGAGUAUACAUGUUUUAUCACACAAGGGUAUAAAAAAUUUCAAUUGCAACGAAUGCAGCUCCUCGUUCUACAGGAAAGCAGACUUGGACCGUCACCAGAAAAUUCACACCGGAGAAAAACCUCAUCAAUGUGAGAUUUGCUCCAAGAGUUUCACACAAAAGAACAAUCUAGUGAUGCACUUCAAAAUGCAUAUAGGUGAUAGACCUCACCAGUGUGAAGUGUGCAACAAGAGGUUCUUGACGAGGAGCAAGAUGAUGCUCCACUCCAAGAAACACGAGAAAGACAGGAAGAAGAAGGAGAUUUUGGGAGUGUGAUGACAUACCACACAACAGUAACAGUUUUAAGUUUUGUUACACAUGUUUUACAUGUGACUUGUCUUGGCAAUUAAAACAGUUUUCUUUAUGAGUUUCACCUAAAAGGACAGUUUAGUGAUGUUAAGUAAUCAACUUUAUCAGUGGCAAGUGUGCAACAAGAGAUUCCUAACGAGGAGUAAAAUGAUGCUCCACUCCAAGAAACAUGAGAAAGACAUGGAGAAGGAGAUUUUGGCACAAGUGUAAUACAGUGUGAUGGCAUGCCAUACACUUGUAACAGUUUUAAGUUUUGUUACACAUGUUUUACAUGUGACUGUCUUGGCAAUUAAAACAGUUUUCUUAAUGAGUUUCACCUAAAAGAAGAGUUUAAUGAUGUUCAUAAAAAUGCACAUAGGUUUCUGAUUUCAUCAGUGUGAGUGUACAACAAGAGAAUCCUAAUGAGAAGCAAGAGAAAGACAGGAAGAUGAAGGCACAAGUGUACUACAGUGUGAUGACAUACCACACAACAUUAAUAGUUUAAAGUUUUGUUACAUGCGUGUACUACCUUAACAGAUAAAACAGUAUGAAAUUAAAUGAAAUGAAUUUAUUUCGUGUAGGACAGCCUGUACCACUUAUAAUAUGCCAAGACUCUGCCAUUGGUUCGGAAUGCAGAUUCUAAUGAGAAGAGUCGGCAAGAAACUCAGUGUUGCUCUUUAAAAAAAAAUUUUAAAACAUGUAAAUAAGCAAUGUAACUUUUACACUACCUUGUAUUGGUUACAUGUAGUGACUGUCACUUGAAUUAACAAUUUAGAACAGUGUUUUAGUUUUAUCAGGUGAGAAGAAAUAAGUGAAAAUUUUUGUUGUUUUUCUGUUGAAUGAUGAGUUGUGUUCUGGUAUAUGCUGUACUUAUUACAGAAUUUUGUGUCAGUA